UUACCCCGGCCCUCAGGCCAUGCCAGUGGGUUGGGUCCCCACCGGAGAAAGCGGACCACCUUCAGCAGAGGGCAGCUGCUGGAGUUGGAGCGAGUGUUUGCAGCAUGGCCCUACCCUGACAUUGGUACCCGGGAACACCUGGCCCAGGUCACCUGCCUUCCUGAGGCCAAGAUACAGGUGUGGUUCCAGAACCGCCGGGCUAAGAGAAUAAAGAAUGGGAAGCCAGGAGGCCUAAGCCCCAAGACUGAGCCACCCCAGAAAUUUCAUCUCUCAGACGCUAUCCAGCUGUCCCGGGAGCCACAAACACUACGCCAGCCUCCACCCUCCAGCGGCACACCUCAGUGCGCCUCGGUGUGUCCACACACCUCCUGUCCAGCUCCUGGCUUGGGUCCAGGGCAGGGCCGAGCAGGGGCUAAAGCUGCAGCCCCAUGGGGACCAGCUGGGGUUUCAGGGGUCCCCCUCUCUUCAGACCGAGCUACUCCCCAGACCUCACUGGGCAGUCUGUCUGACCUCAUCUAUGCCUCGGCCAUUGUCACCAAUCUGGACCACUAAUCCAGGUCCAGAACUUGCAAGACCCCUCCUCUGGCUCCUGUAGUCUACCCUGCCCGUUAGAACUGAACAUCAGAAGUGGAUCCCUUGCCCGUUCCUUUUACACAGGGGGUUCUCUUAUGGGAAAGAUUAGCUCAGGGAUCCCUCCCUUCCACUGUCCUCCAGGCCAGCCUAGAUGCAGGUCCUGUGGAGUGACUGGGGCCUGGCUCCUACUACCCGGCAUAUGCCCAUCAUCUCAGCAGGAGGUACCUACAGAGGGAUGAGGUAGAGGACCACGUUUUCCACCUCUCUUGCCAGGCUUGGUCCCCAAUUCUUGUCACCCCAGCCGAUAACACCUUCUCCCUCUAAAGGAGGACAGGCAGCUGCCCCUCACCUGAGGGCCCUUCAGGCCAUUCCUAACUAACUGCUAAGUGAGCAGGGAGAGGAGAGUGCUGAUCUAAUUCCAGACUGCUGGGGACCAACCCGGUUAUAGUUCAGGGCCUUCUCUCCUGACAUCCUGCCACCUGGACAAAUUAAUCAGAACCAUGGAUCUGAAGAGGGUGAUAUUCAAGUAAUAAAGUAGAAAUAGGAAGCUGGGGCUUACGUUGAUUUAAUUUUCACGAAGAUCAGAUUGGCUGCCCUCUGACCUGGGGCUGUGGAGACAACCUGACAGAUUUAGGAUGCAGUGGGGGUGGGGGUGUGCGCGUGGCAGCGUUGGGUUUUGGUAUCACCCUCAUCUGUAAUGCCAACUAAUCUCCAAAUAAAACUCAAACUCUGUACCUUAA